UGCUAGUGUUGCCAAAUACGAAUAGAGCCCAAAAGUGGGAGGAAAGGGUAAUUACUGCGUACGGAAAAGUUUGUGAAAAUCCGUGUUUUGACCCAAUUAUCGACGCCCUCGAUAUUGCUGUGUAUUCCGCGGAGCCCAGUGAUUUGCAUGAGCGGAAAGUGAGACAGGAGGGCAGUGUGUGUUGAUUGAGAACGGAAAGGGCGGUGUCACUUGCCGCUUUUCUGCACCUGUCACUCUAUCGACCCUCCGGCUGAGAAAAGGUAAACCUAUAGGAUUCUCUGGGUUAGCCUGAAUGUUUUCCAAGUACCCCAACUUAUAGUUAAUCCGAUUGUCGUAGAAGCUAUUGCGCGCUGAGGAUAAAUAAAAGAACAAGGAGCGGCGGAAGAUGAAUGAGUUGGACAGCUUGAGGCAGGAGGCUGAAACUCUCAAAAAUGCCAUCAGAGAUGCCAGGAAGGCUGCCUGUGAUACAAGCUUGGUGCAGGCAACAAAUAACCUGGAACCCAUCGGGAGGAUCCAGAUGCGUACACGACGUACCCUCCGUGGGCACCUGGCUAAGAUCUAUGCCAUGCACUGGGGUAGCGAUUCGCGCAAUCUCGUGAGUGCAUCACAAGAUGGCAAGCUCAUUGUAUGGGAUUCCCAUACAACUAAUAAAGUUCACGCCAUCCCCCUGAGAUCUUCAUGGGUGAUGACGUGCGCCUACGCACCUAGCGGUAGCUUUGUAGCAUGCGGCGGCCUGGAUAACAUCUGCUCCAUCUACAGCUUGAAAAAUCGCGAGGGGAACGUACGGGUUUCGCGUGAACUACCCGGGCACACAGGCUACCUGUCGUGCUGUCGCUUCCUCGAUGACAAUCAAAUCGUCACGAGCUCCGGGGAUAUGUCAUGUGGGCUAUGGGACAUCGAAACAGGCCAGCAGGUUACAUCAUUUCUCGGGCACACAGGAGAUGUUAUGGCACUCAGUUUGAGCCCACAUUGCCGCGCCUUUGUCUCCGGUGCCUGCGAUGCUAGCGCAAAGCUGUGGGACAUCCGAGAUGGGCAGUGCAAGCAAACCUUCCCCGGACACGAGAGUGACAUCAAUGCAGUCACGUUCUUCCCAAAUGGCUACGCCUUCGCAACAGGAUCAGACGACGCCACAUGCCGAUUAUUUGAUAUUCGAGCAGAUCAGGAGUUGGCCAUGUAUAGUCACGAUAAUAUUAUAUGUGGCAUCACAUCGGUGGCAUUCUCAAAGAGUGGCCGCCUCCUCCUUGCCGGCUAUGAUGAUUUCAAUUGCAAUGUAUGGGACACGAUGAAGGCCGAAAGGGCAGGUAUUCUAGCGGGUCACGACAAUCGAGUAUCGUGCCUGGGUGUCACAGAGAACGGCAUGGCCGUUGCGACAGGAUCGUGGGACUCAUUUUUGCGUGUUUGGAAUUAAAUGUAAUUUAUAUAGCAUUCAAAAGAAAAAAAAACUGAAUUAUGAUUUAAUAUGAAAGAAGAAAUAGAUUUGAAAAAGAAUUGUGAAGCAAAAAGUCAACAACAAAAAAACCUUCACUAUAAAAAAUUAUAUGAGAAAAUGUCUUUAAAAAAAAAGAAGUGAAAUUGAAAGUGACCAAACUCCUUGCGGAGGAGGGAGGUUGUAGAUCAUUUUAUUUGAUUUGAAAAAAAAAACGCUAGCACACAUAGAAGGAUGAAUUUGUGAAAUACUACUGCAUUCAUAUUUAAAGUAUAAGGAUAAAAAAUAAAUUCUCUAGGUAAUAUAAAAUAUCAAUAAUUUAUAGACAAAAAAAAAUGAUUCGGGGCGAGAUACAGAAUAAGAUUUAAAUGAAAAAUAUCCAAAAAAAAUGAUAAACUUUCAGUAUAAACAUUUUUUCACACAUUUUUGCAUUUCUUUUUCACGGCUUCUCUUUUUUAAAUAAAUUCUCAAAGAGCCCAAAAAAUAUAUAUUUAAAGAAUAAACAAAGUUUUGAACGUGUGUGGAAUUCAGUGAGGGAUGUGUAAAUGCGUUUUAUUAUGCUUCGUUUCUUUUCAUUUCUUAUGCAUCUUAUGGUACGACGAAUGGGUUGAAUUUUGAGGAUUAUUUCUUUUUAAAUUUAAAAAAAAAAAUUGUAUUUAUUAUUAUUACUCUUUUCCUUCUGUUAUAAUCCAUCAAAUUCACGUGCACUGUUAUUCACUGAAGAAUCUCUCCCAGGUAAGCUCCGAGUGCCAAAGAGAGAGAAAGAAAAAAAUAUUGAAAGAAACAAAAAAAUUGAGAGAAAUUAUUUCAAAAAAUUGAAAUUAAAUGAAUGAUGUUAUUUCUUCAGGAAUUCACAAAACACUGGAGCAAAGAAAAAAAAACAAAUGAGCAGCAUCCAAGAAAUUGCACAAAGAAAAACUUUAAGAAAAAAAAUUCAGUUAGGAUUUAAAAUCCUUUGGAGGCUAUUUCGUGUUUUUCUCAAUGCUUUCUUUUGGUUACAAAACUCUGUGAUUUGUUUUUCUUCGGAAAAAGAAAGGAAAUAUUGAGGCUUUAAGCUAUAUUUUUAAUCAUGUGAAUUUUAGCACAAAACAACUCGAUGCUACAGCACAGCUAAUUUGGAUGCUAAAGCACAAAAAAAUGCUUUUAAAUAAUUAAAGAAAAAUUAAAGAAUAGCAUCCAAAUGUUUGUAGCAAUUUCAGUGUUGCAAUGUGAAUGACACGGGCUCAGGAAAUAAAUAUCAUUCAAAUGCAAUGGAUUAAAUUUUGAAAUUUUCUUCUUUUAAAGAGAGCACGCUAAAAAAAUUCUUUCUUCUUAGCUCUCGCAAUUCCUUUAUUAAUUUUUUAAAUAUUCUUUUCGUUAUUUUCUUCAUCCUCUUCUUACUACCAACAACAACAACAAAAAAUGCACUGAUUUUUGUAUCUGCUAACGUAGCGUUAAACACACAUUACACCAAAAAAACAUAUUUAAACAAAAAAAAAGUAAAUUAAGAAUAUUUAAAGUGAAUGAAGUAAAAAAAAAAACAUACAGAAAAGGAUAUCGAUAUGCUACACAAAAAAAAGAAUAAAAAAAUUAGGUCAUUGUCGUUAUUCUAACAAAUUUAUAAUUCUAAGUUUUAUUAUUACAUACAUAUAUACUUAUAAAUUAGUCGUCAUGUUUUUAUCAUUUUGUUGACAUUUACACGAAGAAUUAAAGAAGAAAAAUAAACAAAAAAAAAAUAGAGAAUAUUGUUGCGCAACACUGGUGUCAGCUGUGGGGUAAUGCAAGAUACAUACAUUGCAAAAAAUUCCCUUUUUUUGCAUUAAAAGUAAAAAUAAAAGAAAAUGGGUAGUGUCUCACAUUUGGGGACCAUACGAGCACACAUUACACAUUUACAACAAAAAAAAAACUCAAAAAGGGGAUUUUCUUUGCAUAAAUUCACACAAUUUUUAAAAAUAAAUAAAUAAAAUAAACAAAACAGCCACAAAACACAUUUUUAUAGGUUUAUGAUCGCGAAGACUAAACUGUAAGACAAACAAAAUAAAAAGAAAUUUCUGACCACUUUUGCUUGAAAGAAAGCUUAGAUAUCUCAUUUUUUCUCAAGUCAAUAUUUUUGCCCAAAAUGGCACAAAAAAAAGAAAACUUUGUUAAGAAAAAAUAUUAAUAACUAAAAAAAAAUAAAUUAUAGAAUCAUGAAAAAUUAUUUAAAAAAUUGAAGAAAAAAAAUUGUAUCGAAACAGUCACGUCAGAACUCUCCUAAUUCUGCCGAGAUUAUUUUGAUGAGCAAAAUAGGUAAAAAAAAACAAAGUUAUAAAUAAAUUUAAAAGAAAAUGAUAAACUCUGCGUAUACACUUUUUCACAAAAAAAAACAAUAUAUUUAAAUUUUUCUCUGAGAUAAAAAAAGAAAACAAAAAAUCGUCAUAAUCCUUGAAGAAUAAAAAAAAUCUUAAAAUUAAAGAAAAAAAAAGAUUUAUACUGAGAUUAAUGAUAGUAAAAAAAAACUAUAUAAGAAAUAUGAAAUGGAAGUAAAAAGAAAAAGAUGAAUUACAUAUUGGAUGAGCAGAAUAUAACCUUAAUAAAAAAAAGAAAUUGAGAAAAAAUAGUCAUACAGUAAAAGAAGAAAAAAGAAGCAUUCAAAAUGAUACCAGUAAUUGUAAAUUUUGUAUUUGCUCCUUAAAAGAUAAAACAAGUCAAAAAAAAAUGAAUUGAGCAACUAUUAGAGCGCUAAAAAUGAAGUUAUUAACAAAAAAAGAAAACACAUAAAUUAUUAAUUCAAUUGGACAUUAUUAUAAAAAAAUAAAUAAAUGGGGCAGUCGAAGAGCCAUUUUCACAAUUUAAUAUUUAUAAUUUAUUUUCAGAGGAAUCUCUUUGAAAAUAAUUAUUAAAAUGAAAAAAAAUAGAUGAACAAAAUAUCGGACGAAGUUUGAAUUACCAUAGUGGGAUGAAAUUGAAAUAAAAAAAAUAUAUGUAAGUUCUGUGUAAUAUGAUUCAUAAUAAAACAUGUAAUUGUGUAAGA